GUCAGCAGGAUGAGGAGCAUAGUCACACAAAUACCUUGACCCUGCCAGAGAACGGUAGGCGACAUGUUUCGCGGUCGGUGGGGUCGAGUCGGUCUGCGUUCAAGCCUGGACUGUGAUUCGGUGGGCGCAACAGGAAGCUUGGCGACAAAAAUGCGGCCAGUGCACGGGGUUCUAGAUCAAUCUUCUUCCUUGGAAAUCAGACCAGAUGUGCUACGCGAUGACAUACUACUCGAGAAGCAGGGCAUGAAGGGCAUCAAGUAUUCGGCAUGUUGUCAAACUUUCGAGCGACAGCGGUGACGGUUCACUCAGGAGCUGCGAGCGAUAGCGG